UAGAUACUGGUGAGAGAAAAUUUUUGGUAAACAAAAAGUAAUUGGCAUUUGAUUUGAGAUUUGUUAAAAAUAAUCAAAUCGUUUACAAAAUAGAAAAUUAAAAAAAUUGUGAUGUCUGAAAAAAAGAAUUUAUUGCCUCCAGGUUGGGACUGCAAAUACGAUGAAAGUAGUGGAAGAUGCUAUUACGUUAAUUAUCUAACAAAAGCUAUGCAAUUACAAGAUCCCAGAAUUGGUUAUAUGCCAUUACAGAAUGAUUCAAUAGAAUCUAUACCAUUGCAGCCUAUGCAUGGAUCCCCCUAUCAUGUUUAUCCAGUAAAUAAUUUUACAGCUGUAAGGGCAUUUCAGGGACCGCAUUCUAGCAUACAUAGUAUAUCUGGAAGUCCUUUAAUGUCAACAGCUAGUCAAAUGACAAUGGAAACACCAUUAUUACGAACAAACGAUUCUCCACAUAUUCCAAGAAUUGAUAGUUUAGGAUCAAAUCGUCGCAAAUCUAUACCAAUGCAAGAAACCUCAUUCACUAAUCAAAUUGAUACAAAUGCUGUGGUUUCGAAAAUUCAAACCAUGUUUCCAACAGCUGGUGAAAAUCAUAUUCGAUUACUUUUGAAAAAAUAUUAUAAUCGUGAAGCUGUAGUAAUAAGUGCUUUACAAGUUGAAAAGCAUCCACUAUGCACUCCUGGACCUUAUACAACUCCACCAAUUCAACGUCACUUGUUCAAUCAGAGUAAUUCUGCAUUUCAAUUAACACCACCAACACACCGUUUAGACUACUAUUCUAGAUCUGGUAGUCCUAUGCCAAGUUCUUCAAGUUUUCGUCCAUCAAAUAUUAAAAAUGGACUAAUCGGACAUCUAUAUGGAUCACCGAAAAUUGGAGAACAAAUACGUAAUUCGCCAAAACCACAUUCUUCACCAAAAAUGAAAUUAAGGUAUAUGAAAAACAUUUUUCCAAAAGCCGAUGAAACAUUAUUAUUGGAUGUAUUAGCAAAUUCAGACAAUAAUGUUCAAAAGGCUUCCGAAAAACUUAGUGCUAUGGGUUAUACGAAACGCGACGUACCAAUAAUGCCAAAUCCUCAUAAAAUUGAAUCAGAUAAAAAGAAUAAAAAAGAUAAUAAACAAGCAGAAAAAAUAAUUCCACUUCACCCUAAGGAAUUAACUGAAGAAGAGAAAGAAAAUAUUAAAGUUCAUCUUCAAGAAAAAUAUCCCAAAAUAACAGAACGUAUAGUUUCAAUGGCAUUAGAAAGUGUUGGGUAUUCUGAAGAUCGAGCAAAUCAAAUAUUGCAAAUAGUUCAACAAGAAGACGAUGAUCGUGCUAAAAAAGAAGCUCAUGCAAAAGAUGUAAAUAAAAUUGCCAUCAAAGAUAAUGAAAAAUCAAAUGCUUCACUUAAAGAAAGAAAUUCAUCAAGUAGUUCAAAUGAUGUUGAAAAAGAUGCUGUAUACCAACAAGAAUUUCAAUCAAUUCUUGGAAGAAUUUCAACUUUGGGACAUAAUAAAGAACUUUCAAAUGGUCCAAAUGAAAAUCUUUUACUUGCUGAUUAUGUUACAUGGAGCGGUGCCAAUCCAAAUUUAACAAUUGCAAAUAAAACAAAAAGUAAAGGUUCUGAUGCCAAAAAUUUAAGAUGCGAACGUGUUAAUCCACAUGGUUCUAAUACAGAUUUAUGCAAAGGACCAAAAAUUGGUUUGGCAAAAGGAAGUAUUUAUUCAAGUUUAAACGCAAAUAUUAAAUGUAAUUAAUAUGAAAAAAUAAUAUUUUACAAAAAGUAAAAAAAAAAUGAAAUUAAUCGUGGAUCAAGGUGUAAUAAAAACAACAUGUUUCACAUUGAAUUUUAAGUUCAAUAUCUGUAAUUCGACAAAUUUUUCUGUGACUCUACCUUUUAAUUGGCUUAAGCAUAAAUAAUUUUUUUUUUUAAAUUAGAUAAAAUUUUUAGUAGAAAAUUUUUUAAAUAAUUUAAAUGAAUUUAAAUCGAAAAAAUUGCCAAAAAAAGAAAAAAACAUGUUCAUUAAUUGAAAAAUACGUAUAUAAUAAAUAAGUAUAUAAUAUGUAAUUUCAAUUUCAUUUAAAAAAAAUAUUUAAUAAAAUUAUGUUACUAGUUAAGAAUCUCGGAAAUGAUUUAGCGUGAAAAUUUACUUUUUUCUCUAAUGUAUGUGAAUGUAUUGAAUUUUCAACAAUUGAUUUAUGCUCAUUUAUUAAACAUUUAUAAGAUUAAUAAUUACAAAUUUAAAAAAAAAAAAAAAACGAUGCUAUAUUUUAAAAUACCAUAUCACUAAAUUAGCAAUAUCUCACAAUAUAAUUUUUUUGUCUUCUAUAUUUUUAUUGAAUAUUAUAUACAUAAAUAAUUACACAUAUUCUGUUAUCCGCAUAAUUGGGGAUUG